GCGACAAUGACUUUUUGUUUUGACAGAUAGAUUGCACAACAAAAUAUUGUUUUUCUCAACUGUUCGAUUCGGUGAUUCAUAAUAUUAUGUUCGUUUAUAUACCGUGCGCGUCGUAGCAGUCAAUAUUCACUGUAGAACUUUGUUCAAAGUGCGACGCAUUACCGUGUCACUGUGUGUUUCGUAAAAUUAAAAGUUUUGGAUUUACUUUAAAAUAUAUCAGGCAUGGAAGACCAAGUUCCUUUCAAAGUUUAUACAUUCUGGACUGAGAAUGGCAAGCCAGAAGUUAGAAGAUUUGGAGUAGAGAAGAGUGUUGUCACUAGCUUCCACUACCUGAACGCUAAGCUUCAAGAUGUGUACCCUGGCCUCAAGUCGAAGACCUAUUCUGUAGCAUGGAAAGAUGAGGAUGGCGAUAAUGUUGUCAUUUCUUCGGAUGAUGAAGUCAUGACUGCAUUGCAAGUUUUGGGUGGAGAUGUCAUCAGGCUGUUUGUGUACUGCAAGUCUGAGGAAGCUAAGGAUGAUGGCUGUGAUAUUGUAUUCACAGCUGUAGCUGGCAAUCCUGCAGAGGCCCCAGGUGCACCAGCAGUUCACUAUGGAGUACAGUGUGAUUCAUGUGAUGGUGCUGUAAUAGGCUUCCGUUACAAGUGUUCUAUCUGUGAUGACUAUGACUUGUGCUCACAAUGCGAAGCCGCAGGCCGUCACCCGGAACAUUGCAUGAUCCGAAUUCCAGCGCCGGCCUUGCCUCGCACUAUUAUUAAAGCUGCCAUAAAAAGGUCUCGCCAUUUCUUGAAGUCCGUCGCUACGGCCGUUGGUGAGGACUGUCCUUACAAGAAACACCGCAGCGAAAGGGGUGCUGACAAAAAACACCGCCAUGGUCAUGGCGGUCAUCAUGGACCGCACACUGAACGCGGCCCUCACGGACAGCAUGACGAACACCAUCGUCGCCGCACGCGUGUCAGCUGGCUCGACACCUUUGCUACUUACAUGAAUGAGUUCGCUAAUCUUGCAGGAGAUAUUGAUCUUGAUGACAAUAAACCAAAGGCACCUGAAACUAAGACAGGUCAGAACACUGAAACCCAGGGUCAGACAACAGGAACUCAGGGUCAAACUCCUGAAACACAAGGUCAAGGACCUCAAGAGAGCAAGGAGAAGGCGCAGGAGAGUGCCCAAUCAACUCAAGCUCCUAAACAACCAGAGCCAAGUACCUCUGCAAAUGCACAAACUCAGUGCCCAUUCAAUACACCUAAGGCAUUAAAUAUUGAUCAAAUCAUGGAACUAGCAGAGAUGUUCCUUGGAAGGAAUGGCAAUCGUUUUGUGCCCCCAACACCUCAGGCGCAACCUUCAGCACCUGCAAAUGCUACUGCCCCCACAUCAACUCCAAAUAACGAUGUGGAAAUGGGACAAGGAGACAGGAAGGCGCCUGAGACUGUUGAUGCUCCUGCUAAGCCAGCAUCUUCUUCUGCAUCCAGCGUCAGUGAUUACCCCAGAGAUGCUUCUCCAGACAAAGUCGAUGACUGGACUGUGAUUAACAAGGAAAAAGAUUUGAUGGACACUGCUAGUGCACUUCCUGAAACUCCUGCUCCUAUUGGUUUCAACUUGCCUCAAGAGUUCCAAGAACGCGUCAAAAUCGCCGAAGGCGGUUUGUAUCCACCUCUGAACACCUCAACUGCAGUGUUGGAUCCUAAAGAGCCCGAAGUGCUGAAGCCGGUGCAGGCGACAGCUCCCCCCGCGCCGGCCGCAGCAGCCCCCCCGCCGCAGGCCAAGCCUGCUCCGGCUCCAGCUGCACCGCAACCACAACCCCAACCCAGGCAGCGUCAUCCAAAACCACACAUUGAUGCGGCGAUCCAGCAUAUGCUGGCUAUGGGCUUCACCAACGAGGGUGGCUGGUUGACUCAACUGCUCGAGAGUAAGGAUGGCAAUAUAGCCGCUGUGUUGGACCUCCUUACUCCAGUCAAGAAGUAAACAACAUCUUUACUUUUUUUUUUUUUUU